AGGUGACGAUGAAGAUCAAUACAGUUGACUGUUGAACAAAGACAGAAGGCGUCUCUCAUAAUUUAAAAUAAAAAAUAGGUUUUAUUUUAUUCAAAAGAUAUAAUCUUUUGGUUUUAAUUUUUUUUUUUUGUGUUUCAUAGUGCGUUUCGUCUUUGUAAUAGUGCAGUGAAAACUUUAAAAAAACAUUUACGAUGUAACUAAAUUACCUGAAUUUUAUAUCUAGUCACAUGCAAUACAAUGUCAUGAUAAGAUUACUUUAAUCUUUCUAGCAAGUAUCGGUACUAAAGAUAUUGACUCUGGCAUUUUUGUUUCCUGUUAAAACUACGAUAGAAAAAUAAUUAAAGAUUCGUUUUAGUUUCUUAUUGAACCAUGAUAUAAAAGUUAUUAAAUUAUUUUAUUUAUUUUUUAUAUUUUUUUAAUGUCAUUUUAAGUUUAAUUUGUUUUUUUACUCACAUAAAUUUCUCCACGCUUCUAAAGGCAGUAUUACAUUUUUUUAUUUGAGCACCGAAAGAAAAUUUAUUAACACGUUUAUAAUUUGUAUUAAUAAACAUAUUUGGUAUAAUUUAUCUAUUAUAUUCACGAUUAGAUAAAUGGUCCUCCGGUUAUAAAAUAACAUCUAAUGAUAUAACUCGUUAUGAUAAGAUUGCUCCGCUUUGUUUAAUCGUCAACCACUCUGUGCACUGUUGUCUUUCACACGGGUCGUGUUUACUUGAAAUACUAUAUGAGUUUCCGUGUUAAAAUGAAUCCUUUCACAAAAAUCACUAUUAAAUUUAAAGACUUUUUGAGAUAUACCUAUUUUAGAAGAAAACACCUUCGCUCCGACGCGAAAGAGGAUGAGAUACAGGGGACGGUCACCAUGGAAUUUGUGGAUUUGGAAAGAGAAUACACACCGGUGUUGUGGUCGAACCGGUUAUAUACCCCGGAGCAUCGCCUCAACUUGCACAUCAACCUUGUAACAGCAGAGAGCGAAAUAGCCACAAAUAACGUUCCACACAAAUUGGAGAUUGAGUACGGAUCAACGCCCGGACAGAAGCUGGACAUUUUCGGUACCGACCUCCCGAAUGAAUCUCCAAUUCUCGUGUUCAUUCACGGUGGAUACUGGCCGGACGUGUCUCGUGAAAUAUCACGUUAUCCAGCAAAAUCCCUCUACCCCGCCGGCGUUAAGACGAUAAUUGUUGGUUAUGAUCUCUGUCCCGCGGUCACGCUUGCUGAGGUCGUCAAUCAGAUACAGAACGCUGCGAGAUACAUCUUCGAAUACGCUGAGAAGAUGAAUUCUAGAGGCGUUUACUUCGCGGGACACGGAACGGGAGCGCAUCUGGUAGCGAAACUCCUGGCCAGUUCCGAAUUCUUCGAAAACACGCCCGAUUCACACCACCUCCAGGGAGCCUUCCUUAUUUCAGGACUGUACGACUUACGGGAAGUCGUAAAUACAUCAGUCAACAGAUCCGUGCAACUGCCUCACGAGUGGGCGGUGCCGCUGUCCCCGCAAUUCGAUUGUUUCUCCCACUUACAGUCGCGAAGGAUCAGAAUUUACAUUUUUGCGGCCCAAAACGACAGCCCGACUUUCAAGAGGCAAUCGAGAGAGUUCUAUGAGCUUUUACACAAUACGUGCUUGAUGCAGAACAUGUAUUUGGAGAUCAAAGACGAUAUGGAUCAUCACGAAAUAGUCGAGUGCUUCGCGAACAGCAACAACUACCUUAAGAACUUGUUGAUUCAUGAUAUUCGUAAGCACAUAUGACGCGACUUUAAAUUAACAGCCUAUAUCAGGGUUUCCCAAACUUAUUUUGUAUACUGCCCACUUUGAGAAUAAUAUUAUUUUUUAGCGCCCCCAUUUUUUCACCUACUUAAAAACCGCUAUAGCGAGAGCUCAGUCAGUGUCUAAGAGCCCUCCUAGAAAUUACAAAUCGCCUCCAAAGCCUCUACACACGUCCCAUUUUUUUUCUGGGUCUCUUACCCCCCCCCUUAGCCCCCCUUUAAGCCUGCAGCGCCCGCAAGGGGGUGUUAUCGCCCAAUUUGGGAAAGGCUGGCCCAUAUGUUUGCUAUAUUUUACCUCUGGUCAAUUAUUUAGACUACAUACAAUGAUACAUACUAACAUUAACCCAAAUGAGGAUAUAACCAAUAGAUGACUUAUUUGCUUUCAUAGCAUGGGAUAAACUUGAAAAUAAAUGCAGAGGACUGAGCUAAAUCGUUGUAGGUUAUGGUUUUAUAUCUCACCUUGGUCAUAACGGAUCGUCUGAAACGAGCAACGUUUAGCAUCCAUUGCGCAACAUCUAAUUAACAACAACAAAAUAUUCAUUAAUCUAUUACUCGAUUAAUGAACAAGCAUUGUACCUAAUGGUAAAAUAAGAAUUAUGAACAGUGCAAAUAUUCGGAAUAGUACUUAUGAAUAUAGUAAUUAAUUAUAUCAUAGAAAUUUCGAUUUACUUUACCUUCUAAUUUUGCUGGAUUAAAUCGAUCGUGCUAUAAACGCUUGGUAAAUUCGUAUUACGAGUAGACAGAUUAUUUAGUUUAUCGUUUAUCGAAGAGGAAGAUGUUUUCUACAUAGGUUUUCGCAUUAGCACGUAUUGUGUUUAAAAUGUAAUCAAAUUUAGUAUGAAGCAUUCCAAUUACAACAAAACAUAAGCAAUUCUGAGUAAUAGUUUGUGAUGAUCUCAAUUUUACCAUAAAAUCGCACCUCGCCCUGGCGGAGCACAGACCAUCAGUACUGUCUGGCAGCAAUGAGCUCAUUCUACAGGGCGUAUCAAAACAUAUACUAUACUGCUCUUGAAUAAAACUGCGUAUCUUGGGUACGAUUUGAACAAAAUCCUCCUCGAGUAACGAUCUUCAUAAGAAAUGGUAACCACUCACCAUUAGGUAGACAUGUCAUAUUUUUCGUACAAAAAAAUAAUAAUUUAAAAUCAACGCUAUUUGCUGAAAUUAUUGUUUUUUUUUUCUCUGAAAUUGACAAAGUAAUAUAAAUUUGAAAUCAAUUGAUACUAAUAUUAAAGAAAAAACAUUUAUUUAAUGUCGAUAAUGGAUCUCUUAAUAACGUAACUUUUAAGUACUAACAUAUUAUUUUUUUUAUUAAUUUUGAUUACAUUUAUUAAUUUAAGUUAGUGUUAAACACAAGUCCAGCAGACUUGUUUUUGUUUAAGAAUACAUUGAAUAUUGCAAAACUUUGAGAUUCUCUGAAAUACAAGCUUCUUUGAUUUCGUUGUGUAUAUUUUUAUUGUCGUUGAAGUUAAAGGUGUUGUAAAAGAUUUUUAAAAACAAAAUUUUCAAACAAAAAACCCGUGAAUAGGGUUCGUGAAUAUCUUCAAUGUACAAACUAAUAUAAAUGAAAUAUUGUCUAUUUUUUCACGAAUGUAGCAUAUAUUAUGAUAUAAUAGGAUAUUUACAGCAAACAGAAAACUUUUAUUUCUAAAUAAAAUAAUAAAUUAAA